AUGCUCAGUGUGCCCCUGGGUGUAGAUGUUGCUAUACCGAGUAUAAGGACAGAGCCGCGCGCUGAUGCCAGCUGGCUUGGGCAGUGUGCUCGCGUGCCUGGCGGGACUGCACGGAGGAGACUGUUCUGGCACCGAGCCAGCCAGACACCUCAGAAACAUGGACAAUUUCCUUUUAAACUAAUAGCUUUGGACUUUUGUCAGGUGGAUAAGUUAAACCCUGUGAUUUUCAAGUACUCAAAUGCAAGAAAAAUCUGCAAAGGGAAAGGACCAGUUGCUCUUGGAACCCAGAGUCACCGUGUAAGAUGCCUGGCUGUCCUGAGUGCUAGGCUGUGGGAAAGCCUAAGCUGGCAAUGUGAAAAAGGAAAAAGAGAAGCCCAUCGACCUCUGAAAUGUCCAAGCCUUCAGCCACGGAGAGCUGCACCAGAUGAGGUUCCAGAUGACACAAAGCAGAGGAUGAAGAUUAGAUUCAUCCUCGGGGUGAAAGAUGCGACCGGGAAGCGGCAUUCUUCUCUAACUGAACACGGUGAACAGAUUUUUAUGAUGAAGCGGGGCCAUCAGCACUUAGUUUCCAUCUAUCUCAAGUGUAUUUUAGUUGAACUGUAA